GGGAUGCACUAGAGAGUAAGCAAAAUAAAAGAAAACAGAUAAAAAGAUGUUUUGUAGAGAGGCGUCGUCCAGUCUCCAGACCUUAAGCAUAGCAAACAGUCUCAGCUCUCAGUUCACUAAACCAUCAGCACUCAUCAACUCCCUCUCGGCAGGACAUCGUUACAAGCUGUGUCCUCGUCCAAACCUCAGAGGACGAUGUACGGUCACUGCCUCAAAGUUUGAUAUUAAUGGGAAAGGUAAAAUAGUGAAAGAAGAAGUUAAGAAAAUCAAAGUAAAGGGAACUAUAACGGUGUUGUCCCAAGAAAAAAAAAAGAAGGGAACUAUAACGGCCCAAGAAGGCUUGUUACCUUCCGUCGGAGAAUCCUGCUCGUCGAGCUUAUUAGCGCCGAGACUGACCCCCGGACGCCGAUCAAGAAGGAUCCAGUGGAGGAUUACGCACAACGUGUAUUGAUUGAUGGACAUGAUGAUCAGUACCAAUGUGUGUUCGACAUGCCCAAAGACUUUGGAGCGGUUGGUGCCAUCAGAGUUGUAAACCUUGAGAGUAAAGAGAUAUUCAUCAAGGAAAUGAAACUUGAGGUACCCGACGGCCCCGUUACCUUUACAUUUAACUCGUGGGUGGCCCCUAAGUCCGAAGACCCAACCAAGCGGACAUUCUUCUCCAACAAGUCCUACUUGGCUCUCAAAACUCCUGAGCCUCUUAAACAGCUGCGAAAAGAGGAGCUGGAGACCUUGCAAGGCAAGAACCGUGAGGGAGAUCAUGAAUUUAAAAAGUUCGAGCGGGUUUACGAUUAUGACGUGUACAACGAUGUGGAUAAUCCUGACAAAGAUCCAGAACUUGCCCGUCCCGUUAUGGGAGGCCUCUCUCACCUAUCUUUGAACCAGGCGUUACCGGGAUGGGUGUUCCCUACAGUGUGUCUAUUUGAUCUAACGCAUUUUGAUCAAAUGCAUUGGAAGUUAUCAUCUAUGUUUCUUCUAAGUUAUCAUCUAUGUUUCUUGCUUUCGUUUUAAAUAAUUAAUGAAUCUCACCGUGCUCAAGGGUACCUUGUUUGUGCUGGCAGCGGUGAAGGAUAUGUUGUCAUUUCUUCUGAGAAGACUUAGAGCAUGCGCAGCGGCGAACCGCUCGUUAAGUUCAAGAAAUUAUUUUUUUUUUUUUUUUUCGUUUGAUUUAAAAAAAAAAAAUUAAAUAAAGUGACCAAUAGCGGACCGUCAUGUGGCGUAGGGCCCGCUGAACAGUCACGACCCGGGUUCACGCGGAAGAGGCGGGACGAGCCCAAGUCUUUCAUUUAUGCUUAUUUUAAUUUUUUUUUUUUUGGAAAACGUGUGACCCCCUCCCUGAACUCCUGAUGCGCAUGCUCUAGUUGUGUGGUAAUUUUAUGUUUAUUGGACCAAAUACUGUUGGAUGUAGGGCAACGACCUCACCGAGUGGCCCGGCCUAGUGAACAUUGUAUUC